AUGGAUUCACAUUCUCAAAAAGCCUGGAAAUGGUGGAAGAAAUUCGGUGAAAAGCCGAUUUGUUUAGCUCCAAUGGCUGAAAUCAGUGAUUUAUCCUGGAGAAUGCUCAUUAGAAAUCAUGGAGUAAAAGUUUGUUGGACUGGCAUGUUAAAUGCUCAUCAAUGGUCUCAAGGAUCAGGAUAUCAGAACAAAUUCUUUAACACAUGUCCGGAAGAUCAUCCUUUAAUCGCACAAAUUGCAGGUUCAAAUGAGGACCAAGAUCUAAUUGUUGCUGCUGCUAAAGAUUUAGCAAAAUAUGCAGAUGGAGUUGAUGUAAAUCUCGGAUGUACACAGAAAAUUGCAAGUAGAAGUGAAUAUGGUUACUUUAUGGUAGAUAAUUGUCAGAAGCGAGAAAAAACGCUUGAAUUGUUCAGAAGAUUAUGUAAAGAAGUUAACUGUCCUAUUUGCGCCAAAAUAAGAAUCUUUAUUGACGAUUCUGGAGAAGUUAGCGAAAAAAUUACAAUUGAUUUUGCAAAAAAGCUCGAAGAGGCAGGAGUAUCAUUAUUGCAAGUUCAUGGUCGUGCAGAACAUAGAAAUAAGCAAGCAGACGUUUACAAUGAAAUAAUUAAACAUAUUGUUCAAGCUGUGAACAUUCCUGUGGUUGCCAAUGGUGGUAUUAACACUGUUGAAGAUGCUCACAAGUUCAUGGAAGAAACAGGAGCUGCUGGAGUGUCUGUAGCUCAAGCUUUGUUAAAAGACCCAACUGCAUUCGAUCCAACAGGAAAGAAACCGAGAAAAGAUUACGCACUUGAAUAUCUGAACCUCAGCAAAGAAAAAGGAGUCAGAUUUUUCGGUCCUAAGAAACAUAUUUUUAUUUUCUAUGAAAAGGAGAUCCGCGAGAACAAAGAACUUGCAAAACAGAUUGAGCAAUCUACAACAAUUGAGCAAUUAAUAGAAUUUGUCAAUGCUCAUCCUUAA